UGCUGGUACUGGCCGCCAGCCAAAAGCAGCGCGUGGGGCGGCAGCGACGCGCCGACGCCUCACCUCACCUCGUCUCGCCUCCCGCUCCGCCUCCCGCUCCCGUCCGCGCCGCGGGGUUUUUGUAGAAGGAGGAGGAGGAGGGGCGUCAUGGCGGAGAAGGAGGAGUCGACGUCGAUCCCGCUCAGCCAGGCGGCGGAGGCGGUUGACCCGGAGGACCCGGCCAAGUCGCCGCCGCGGCCCAGCUCGCCCAGCACCUCCACCCGAAAGGCAUGCUGCGCUGUUCUUCAAAGUUGGGUGUCAAGAAAAUUUAUGACUGGAUGUGUAGUGCUGUUUCCUGUUGCUGUCACGUUCUUCAUCACAUGGUGGUUUAUUCAAUUUGUUGAUGGUUUUUUCAGCCCACUAUAUGCAAAACUUGGAAUCAACAUAUUUGGUCUUGGUUUUUUGACUUCUCUGGUAUUCAUUUUUCUGGUUGGAAUAUUUGUUUCUUCUUGGGUGGGCGCAUCCAUCUUCUGGGUUGGAGAAUGGUUUAUAAAGAAAAUGCCAUUUGUACGGCACAUAUAUUCUGCAUCAAAGCAAGUCAGCACUGCCAUUUCACCAGAUCAAAAUACAACGGCUUUUAAAGAAGUUGCGAUAAUUCGUCAUCCACGUAUUGGUGAAUAUGCUUUUGGAUUCAUAACAUCAACAGUUGUUCUUCAGACUGAUAAAGGUGAUGAAGAACUGUGUAGUGUUUAUGUGCCAACAAAUCAUCUAUACAUUGGUGACAUAUUUCUGGUGAACUCUGAAGAGAUAAUCAGACCUAAUUUAUCCAUUCGGGAAGGAAUUGAAAUAAUUGUUUCGGGAGGAAUGACCAUGCCACAGGUGAUCGCGUCGCUUGAACCCACCCCACGGAAGAGCCAGAGUAUCCGUCUAAAUAGAAUAAUGACAUAAUGUCAUAGUACAAGAGACCAACACGGGUCGUGUAAUGUGUGGGCCGCUGUGAGAUUGGUGCUCUGACCAUUGCUGUGUUCAUCUUGCCGUUUCUGUUGUGUUAAAAUGUGAUGGCUGGAAAGGUGAACACGACGUGAGACUGAUCGAGCCGUCUUCGCGCUCUUAGUGUUCCAUUAGCUGGUGGAAGCACCAUAUCGAUGCUCAGCAACAGUACUGGUUGCGCUACUCUUUGCUUGCUGACUGGUCUGAGGUGUUAACGUCCGUAGUGCAACUGAUUAAAUUCAUUUGUAACAAUAUCAUGUAUAAGAUAAUGUCGAUCUCGUUACGUAGAGUUGAUUAUAUCAUGCUGGCUUCUUUCCGAGGGCA